CUGUGAAAAGCAGACAUGAAUUUGUCUUCCAGAAGAGUAACAUUGCCUGCAGUUAUGCCAAUAACUCUGCAGAAAAGGGUAAUCAAAGUGUAUAGUGAAGAUGAUACUAGCAGAGCUUUGGAAGUACCAAGUGAUAUAACAGCCAGGGAUGUGUGUCAGCUCUUGAUAUUGAAGAAUCACUAUGUUGAUGACCACAGCUGGACUCUCUUUGAACAACUUACCCACACAGGUUUAGGAAGAGCUAUAGAAGACCAUGAAUUAGUGAUGGAAGUCCAGUCAAAUUGGGUAAUGGAAGAGGAAACCAAACUGUAUUUUAGAAAAAAUUAUGCAAAGUAUGAGUUUUUUAAAAAUCCACUGAGCUUUUUUCCAGAUCAUAUGAUAUCCUUUCCAAGUGAGACCAAUGCAGCUCUAAGCCACUCUGGGAUAUUACAGAUGUUCCUUAGCUCCAGCACAUAUCCUGAGAUUCAUGGUUAUUUGCAUGCAAAGGAGCAGGGGAAGAAAUCAUGGAAAAAAUUGUACUUUCUUUUGAGAAGAUCUGGCCUUUAUUUUUCCACUAAAGGUACAUCUAAGGAGCCAAGGCAUCUGCAGUUUUUCUGUGAAUUCAGCAAUAGUGAUAUGUACAUGUCUUUAACAGGCAAAAAGAUUUCUGGAGCACCAACAAACUAUGGAUUCUGCUUUAAGCCUAACAAAUCAGGAGGAACCAGAGACCUGAAACAGCUCUGUGCAGAUGAUGAACAAAGUAGGACCUGUUGGAUGACAGCAAUUAGGUUACUCAAGUAUGGGAUGCAGCUGUAUCAGAAUUACAUGCAACCAUAUCAAGGUAGAAGUGGCUGCAGCCCUUUGAAUAUAACACCUAUGAGAAGCAUUUCAGAAAAUUCUUUAGUAGCAAUGGAUUUCUCAGGACACAGAAGCAGAAUUAUAGAAAAUCCAACAGAAGCCCUUUCAGUUGCAGUUGAAGAAGGAUUAGCGUGGCGGAGGAGAGGGUGUCUCCGACUCAACUCACAUGGUAGUCCUAUUGCUAUGUCUAACAUGGCUAUACACAGAUCUCAGUCAUGGUUUCAUCAUAAAAUCUCCAGAGAGGAGGCUCAGAGACUUAUUUUGCAGCAUGGACUUGUAGAUGGGGUAUUCCUGGUACGUGAUAGCCAAAGUAACCCCAAAACAUUUGUAUUGUCACUGAGUCAUGGAUUAAAAAUAAAACAUUUUCAAAUUGUACCAUUGGAAGAUGAUGGGAAGCUAUUCUAUACCCUCGAUGAUGGUCAUACCAGAUUUACUGAUCUCAUCCAGCUAGUGGAAUUCUAUCAACUUAAUAAAGGAGUUCUGCCUUGCAAGUUAAAACACUAUUGUGCACGGAUUGCUCUUUAA